AUGUCAGUUCCUAUCGUUACGAUACCAGAGGCUGCCUUUGAUACAGCAGGGCUUGCACUUGUGGCUGCUCGUCGAAGACUGAGGUUAUUUGCGUACCUUGUUCGCCUACUCAAUGGCUCAGGAGCAUUAUUAGUGCUUGCUUACAUCGUCGGUCUCUUAGGCAUCAGGCCACUAUUGGAGACGAAGGUAAUUAGACGCUUAGACUUCUUGGAGUCUACCAGAACAAAACUACGGGAUUUAUAUCUUGAGCUUAUUGGCAAAGUGGACCAUAUCCCUAUAGUGGCCCUCCAUAGGCCUGGAUCAAGUAAGUUAUAUGCCGAGGCAUUUUGUCAAACGGAGUCAUCGCAGGCUUCCGAUGAUGAAGAAAUCAACAACAAGCGCACAUUGGGCCUGGAGAAGGUGUGGCUGAAGCUCGGGGUGUUACUGGCUGGGUUGCGUCAGUGUACUGCCUUUUCAGUGAGCGAGAUGCCUAACUACAAAAUGACUGAUUUGUCGAUCAAGCAAUUUCAGCAAAAAACUGACCAGUCUUUUUUUAGUCAUCGAGAUAUGUUUUUCAGAGAUGUUUUGCAGCCUGACGGCACUUCCAGAGAGAAGAACCUCGCCCUGGAGGCCAAGGGUGAGAUCCGUGGAAUCAAAGGUCUUUUCAUGAGCGGACAAAUAUAA